AUGGCAGAUAUAAUUAUUAAAACAUCAGAUUAUGUAAAUGUUUUGAUUUCUGCAUCUUGUCAAAGUAUAGCUAUAGAGAAGAGGUUCAAGAAAGACAUUACAGUUUUAGAGUUGAAGGAGAAGUUGGAAUUAGUCACUGGUGGCUCUUCAAACACUAUGAAAUUGAAAGUUUUUACAAAAGAUGACCAGUUGGUGUGUGGGUUGGAUGACAACAAUGCCUUGAUUGGUUCCUAUCCAAUUGAUGAUGGUAUGAGGAUUCAUGUUGAAGAUUCUUUUUCGUUAAGAAAACAACUUGAAGAAGACGAGUCUGUUGAAAAAUAUAAGCUUUCUGAAGAAGAAUACGCCAAAAGGGAAGAUUCGUUGUUAGCCUAUCUUAAAAGGAAUCAGUUAGGCAAAUUUAGUAAAGAGGAACAAGAGAGGAGAGAGUUGCAGAAGAAGGAAGAGGAAGAAGCCGAAGCUAAAAAGCUUGAAACUCUCUCUGUGGGAUCAAGGUGUGAAGUAAGGGUACCUGGACAGCCCACUCGUCGAGCAGCCAUAAGAUUUAUUGGGACCACUCACUUUAAAACCGGUAACUGGGUUGGAGUACAGUAUGAUGAACCGAUGGGAAAGAAUGAUGGUUCCGUUGAUGGUAAAAGAUAUUUCGAAUGUCCACCAAAAUAUGGAGGCUUUGUGAAACCUCUCCAUGUGACAGCAGGUGAUUUCCCAGAAGAAGAAUUAAACCUUGAUGAUGAAUUGUGA